GUAAGCUUUCUUCCUUGUAAGUAUCUAUUAGGUUUUCUUUUCCCAUUUUCUUACAGGGGCUGCUCUCCUCUGCUUGGGUAGCAGGAAAUCAUGCCUGCUGUCUGUAAAUCGUACCUGCCUUUGCAAUUUGAGAUAUCACAAAAAUCUUUAUCUUUCCUGUCACCUGUCUAGUGACUUUGUCCCUAUAUUCUUUGUUGAAAAGUGAUCCUUAUUUUUGUUCAUGAAAACUCUUCCUUCCUCUAGAUAAUAAAAAUGGCUCACUUUUUUUCUCUAAUAUUUGAUAUUUUAUCUUUCACAUUUAGAACUUUAAGUCAUCUGGAAUCUUCUUAAGAAAGGGAUCCUAUUCUAUUUCCUCUCCAAAUAGUGAACAAGUUUCCUCUACUCCAUACACUAAACAAUCUGGUCUUUCCCUACAGAAUUGCAAUGGCUCCUGUGUCAUAUAUAUAUUAGGGUCUGAUUACAUAAGGCUCUGACUCUCCUCUCUACGAAGAUUCACCAAUCCAUUUAUCUAUUCUUGUGCCAAAACCAACGGUUUUUUAUUACUACCACCUUCUAAUGUCUCAGUGACUUCCAGCCAAUUCUCCCCUCUUUUUUCUAAAGUUAGCUAUUCGUGGACCUGUCUUCCUCCAAAGACAUUUUUAGAAUCCAGUUUUCAAGUUCCUCAAAAUGCCCAACUGGUCUCUGCAUUUCAUUUAUGAAUUAACCCGAGAAUAAUUAUUACCAUUAUCAUGUGAAAUUGCCCACUCAAGAGCAUUGAAUAUUUCCAUUCUCCACUUAUUCAGAUCACUUUUUAUGUUUUUCAUUAGAAUUUUAAAUUUUGGCUCUCUGCUCCUCCCCGUUUGACAGACAGCCGCAUCUUCUGGUGCAGGGCCAGCCGCGUCCCGGAGACAACGAUGGUGAAGGUUGGAGUGAGUGGAUUUGGCCUUAUUGGGUGCCUGGUUACCAGGGCUGCUUUGAACUCUGGCAAAAUCGAUAUUGUCACCAUCAAUGACCCCUUCAUUGAUCUCAACUACAUGGUGUACAUGCUCCAGUAUGAUUCUACCCACGGCAAAUUCCACCGCACGGUCAAGGCUGAGAACGGGAAACUUGUCAUCAACGGGAAGUCCACCUCCAUCUUCCAGGAGCGAGAUCCCGCCAACAUCAAACGUGGUGAUGCUGGUGCUGAGUAUGUUGUGGAGUCCACUGGGGUCUUCACCACCGUGGAGAAGGCUGGGGCUCACCUGAAGGGCGGGGCCAAGAGGGGACAGCCCUUGCCUUCACCUAGGCAGCCAGGGCCAACCCGCCAGCGGGCCCUGCGCCUCUCCAGGGCUGUGAUUCACUCAGACAGCAAAGGCAAUGCCAUGUCCUGGGAGUUGUGCAUCGUGGCAACCCUGCUGGCAGUGCUUGCCACUCAAUUUCUAAUGAACAUGAGAUAA